CUUUCUCUCUUCAGCACAAGCAGUGAGUCAGGGCCACUGUCCCCAUGCGCUCUCCAGCAUCUUUAAAACCUCUCUUUCUUCUGGAUACAUGGAAACAACCUGAGCUUCUGGGAUUUGGGGUGAAACAACCGAUUUCGUGAUUUGACAUAUACACAUAUAGAGAUACACAAUAAUAUAUACAUUAAAAGGAAACCAACAAAAACAAACAGGCUACCACGCCUGUGUAGAGUUUGAUUUCCCUGCGACUCUUCGGACUACUUAUCCGCCGCAUCUCAGGGUGUACGAAAUGGAAAACGGGACUUCUGAGAAAUCUAAUAAUGUGGAGGUGCUGUGGGAGGAGUUGGAGGGCAAACGCUACGACCUGUGUCGCAUCAUCUCCCCAGCAAAACUCACCCCCUACCUCCGCCAGUGCAAAGUCCUGGACGAGCAGGACGAGGAUGAGAUUCUCAACUCCAUGCUGCUGGUCUCCAAAGCAAACCGCACAAGCCGUCUACUUGACAUCCUCCACACUAAAGGAGAGCGGGGUUAUGUGGUGUUUAUGGAGAGUCUAGAGUUUUACUACCCUGAUCUGUACAAGCUGGUCACAGGGAAGGAUCCAACACGACGCUUCUCCACCAUCGUAGUGGAGGAGGGUCACGAGGGUCUGACCCAGUUCCUGAUGAAUGAAGUGAUGAAGCUGCAGCAGCAGUCCAAAGUCAAGACCCUGCAGCAAGUUGAGCUCAGCAGGAAGAACUGCACGCUGGAGGACGAGCAGAAGAAGCUGCGGCUAGCAAAUCAGGAACUCCAGGCCUUCCAACAGAGAUACAAUAAGUUGAGAGAAGAGAGAAACACCUACAGUGAUGAGUUGUUGAGAGUGAAGGAUGAAAACUACAAACUGGCCAUGAGGUACGCCACACUGAGCGAGGAGAAGAACAUGGCAGUGAUGAGGAGCCGAGACCUGCAGCUAGAGAUUGAUCAGCUGAAGCACAGGCUGAACAAGGUGGAGGAGGAAUGUAAGAUGGAGAGGAGGCAGAGUCUCAAGCUGAAGAAUGACAUUGAGAACCGGCCAAAGAGAGAGCAGAUCUUUGAGCUGGAGAGAGAAAACGAAAUGCUUAAGAUCAAGCUACAGGAGCUACAGUCCAUCAUACAGCCUGGUCCUCUACCUGAAUCAGACAAGGCCAUCCUUGAUAUUUUGGAGCAUGACAGACAGGAAGCAAUAGAAGACAGACAGGAUCUGGUCAGCCGCCUCUACAACUUGCACGAAGAAGUGAGACAGGCCGAGGAACUACGAGAUAAGUAUCUGGAGGAGAAGGAGGAUCUGGAGUUGAAGUGCUCUACACUGCAGAAGGACUGUGAGAUGUAUCACAACCGCAUGGACACCAUUACCAUACAGCUAGAGGAGGUGGAGAAGGAGAGAGACCAGGCGUUUCGUGCCAGAGAUGAGGCCCAGCACCAGUACUCCCAGAGCCUGAUUGACAAAGACAAAUAUCGCAAGCAGAUCAGAGAGCUGGAGGAGAAGAGCGAUGAACUCCAAAUUGAGAUUGUACGCAAAGAAGCCAAGCUGGUGACCCUGGAGUCUCGCCUAAGACGGAUGUCCAAGGACAUUGUUUUGGACCAGCAUAGUCUGCCAAGAGACCUGCCUCCAACCAUCAUCUCUCAGGUGGAGGAUUUUAAAUCUGCCCCCGGCCAAUCAGAAUGGUCCAGCGAUGAGUCGCCAGAGGAGAAGGCCACGUCUGAGGAGCCUCGCCUCAAACGCAGACAUAACCUUAAAGCAGGGAACAGAGUAAGGUCUCCAAUCUGUAUACCCAAAGACAGUCAGUCCAACUCAGAAGGUGCUCACCCUGCAGGUAACACACUGUCAUUCGUAUAUUCCACCCUGACAAUGGCACUUUCUUUGUCCAAGUUUAUCCACAUUUGUCUCCAACUUCCAGCUCUGUCAGUCAACAAAGGAGAUUUUCUGGAUAUUCAGAUGUCAAACCCGCGCCUCAACAGCAACUCCCUCCCUCCCUCCCCCAGCUUCCCGACAUCCCCCAUAUAUCCUCCCUGCUCAGCUCCCCAGCUCUCCUCCUCCUGUCCCUUUCCCUCACCACAUCCCUUCAACAUGGUGGAGCAAGGCAACAGGCCAAAUAUGCUGCGUUACCGUAAUGACAGCAUCCUGUCCACGCUCCCCGAACCACCUGAGACAGGGUCGCUGUACCGCAGAGAGAGGGAGAAGGAACACGACUUCCACCCCCGCAGCAUCUUGGACACUGAUAGUGACAACAUGGAAAUGGAGUUUGGGGAUGAAAUGCAUCGUGGUCCUCCUUCUGUCCACUCAUCUUCCUCCUCUCAUCAGUCUGAAGGAAUGGACACUUAUGACCUCGAGCAGGUCAACAAUAUCUUCAGGAAACUGUCUUUGGAGAGGCCGUUCCGUCCGUCUCUGUCCUCUUUCUCUAGGAUCAGCUCGUCCCUGAAGCCUGUGCAGGAGCUAUCGGUGCUUGGUGACAAUCUUUUGAAGGACAUCACUCUGGUUGGUGGCAAUGACAGCGGGAUUUUCAUCUCGGCUGUCCAGACGGGUUCCGUCGCUGAGAAGGCAGGGCUACAAGAGGGUCACCACCUCCUGCUGCUUGAGGGCUGCGUACGUAGAGAGAGCCAAAGCAUUUCACUGGAUACGAGCACUCAGGAAGAAGCCCACUGGGCACUGCAGCACUGCUCUGGACCAAUCCGGCUGCACUAUCGAGCCAACUAUGACUCUUACCGUCGUCUUCAGAGGGACAUAGCAGAUGGCACGCGGGUUUCAGGUGAUUCCUUCUAUAUACGGGUCAACCUCAACAUCUCCGGCCAGUCAGACAACUGCUCCUUGAGCGUGCGCUGUGACGAGGUGGUGCACGUCCUAGACACUAGGUACCAAGGCCGCUGUGAAUGGCUGUGCUCCCGUGUUGACCCCUACAACGGCUCCGACCAUACCGAACGCGGCACCAUACCCAGCAACUCACGGGCCCAGCAGUUGCUCCUGGUAAAGAUUCAGAAGUUAAUGUGUCGAGGGGGGAAAGAAGACAACAGCAGGACCAGUUUACAGCCAGAAGAAGCCAGCCCCUUGCCCGAUCCUAAAUCCAGCCCACGCUUGUCUAGAGCCAGCAUCUUCCUCACUCAGAUACUACAGUUUGUCAGCAGGGUGGAUAUCAAGUACAAGCGAAUGAACAGCAAUGAGCGUGUGAGGAUCGUCAACUCAGGCAGCACAACACUACCCAGACAAGGCUUUGAAACACUUAGACCAGAGGAUGCUGCUGACCCAGACAGCGAUCUGAGCAGGAGUUUGAACCUGAUUCCCUACAGUCCCGUCACCCUUCAAAAGACCCAGAAGAGAAGACCAGUCCUAUUCACGCCCACUGCUCUGGCCAAAACUAUUAUCCAGAAAAUACUUAACAUGGGGGGAGCCAUGGACUUUAACAUCUGCAAACCAGACACCCUGUCCAAAGAGGAGUUUCAACUCAAACAGAAUGUGGAGCCCUUCAUUCACUACAAAGAGAAACAAGCCACAUAUGAAUGCAUCACCCGAGAAAACAUCGAGGCUGUCGCUUCCAAGGGCAAACACUGCCUGCUGGAGGCUGAGCUGAGCUGCGUCAAAGACCUUCUGCGUAGGGAAAUCUACCCUAUAAUCAUCUCCGUCAAGAUCUGUGAGAAAAAUUUCAAGAAGUUACGGAAGUUGCCAAUACGCUUGGAGUCGGAGGAGGAGUUUGUGAAGAUGUGUCGGGCGAAAGAGAAGGAGCUGGAGGGCAUUCCCUGCCUCUACGCCAGCCUGGAGCCCGACUCCUGGGCAGGGCCAGAAGAGCUCAUCAGGGUCAUCAAAGACCGAAUACUAGAGGAGCAGAAGAAGGUGGUCUGGGUGGAGCAGGACCUCCUGUAGACACAACAGCCUUUAGAUGAAAAUAACCAGGUCUAGCUGAGCACCAUAAAACACACAACCUUGUACACUUUUAUACCUGUACCAUAUAUUUAUGCUCAGACUCAAUAAUGGACACUCACAUUAUUUUAGGUUUAGAAUAAAUGCAUUAUAUAUUUUGUAAAUGUGUUCCUUUUCUUUAGAGAAAUAAACAGAUCAAAAACCUUAAAAAA